AUGGAGUGUACAGACGACUUGGGUCAAACACCACUGCUUCUCGCAGCACAAAAUGGGCAUGAUGCUGUUAUCGAUAUUCUUCUCGACAAAGGUGCCAACAUUGAGUAUACAGAUAAGUCAGGUCGAACACCACUACUUCUGGCAGCACAAAACGGGCAUGAUGCUAUUGUGAAUAUCCUUCUUGACAAAGGUGCCAAUAUUGAGUGUACAGAUGAAUAUGGUCGAACACCCCUACUUCUGGCAGCACAAAAUGGCCAUGAAGCUAUUUUUAAUACCCUUCUUGGGAAGGAGCCAAUAUUGACACAAAAUGGGCAUGAAGUUGUUGUCAACACCCUUCUUGACAAAGGUGCUAAUAUUGAGUGUGCGGAUAAGUCUAGUCAAACACCACUACUACUGGCAGCACAAAACGGGCAUGAAACAGUUGUUAAUACCCUUCUUCAGAAAUAUGCUAACAUUGAGUGUGCUGACGGUUCUGGCCAAACACCAUUGCUGUUAGCAGUACGAAACAAACAUAGCCCACUUUCUUUACAACUCCUGGGAAAAGGUGCGAACCCCAACUCUAAGGAUAGCGUUGGCCUAACGCCAAUGUUUUGGGCAUCAACCCAUGGACAAGCUUCAGUCAUAAGACUACUUCUCAAGAAGGGCGCCAACCUUCAGCCCACCGAUUGUAUUGGUUGGAGACCAAUGUCAAUUGCAGCAAAGAAGGGCCAUACAGAUGUAGUCAAAUUGCUUCUUGAAAGAGGUGCUAUAACGGAAGCCACCGACAAGUUUGGGCAAACCGCACUGCUCUUAGCAAUAAGACAUGGGCAUGGGGAGAUAGUGGAGCAAUUUCUUGAUCACAACAAAAAAAGCGCUCCAAAGGAACCUGAGAGGCCUCCAGAACCGAAACCUUCCGACACUCUUUCUCGGCCUACCAAGUCGUCCGGUAACAUGUUGAAUGCAUGCGUCCUGGAGCUGGAUGUAAUUUUGGAUGAAGCGUACAAACAGCUCCGUAAGGAGGAUGAAAAGCUUAUAGAAGCAUACGAGAACGAUUUGUUGGACCAGCUUGAGCAAAUUGAACCUGGCACUGAUCGCGAUAUGCGUCUUCGAAAACUAGUGGAACAGAGAAUCCACAGCAUACAGAACUCACAAUUGGAAUUCACUGUAGGCAGGAAAGAAAUCGUCGUUAGGGACCAGGCCCGCAGGGUUAUCCAUACAAUGCUCGGCUUCAAGAAUUUCAUUACAACUGCUGAGCUCUGA